AGGUGGAGCUGAGCAUCGAGCCAGGGCAGAGCCUGGGGCUGAUGAUCCGCGGGGGCGUCGAGUACAACCUGGGCAUCUUCAUCACAGGCGUCGACAAGGACUCCGUCGCGGACCGCGCCGGCCUCAUGAUCGGCGACCAGAUCCUGGAGGUGAACGGGCAGAGCUUCCAGGACGUGACGCACGACGAGGCGGUGGGGCAGCUCAAGUUCCACAAGCGCAUGGCGCUGGUGGUGUGCGACGUGGGCAAGGUGCCGCACUCGUGCACGGCCUACGACGAGCUGGCGUGGGACUCGCCGGCGCACAGCCCCUGUGGUGAACUAGGAUUUUGUAUUAAAUUACGUAAAUGUAUCAAUUUAAAGAAUGAAUUCUUCUGGAAUAUUAUGUACCAUUGUUUCAAUAUCAUUUAUAUUAAUUUUUUUAUUUGUAAACAACUUUACUUUUAUGUAACAGAAUAG